GAUGACCCGCUUCGUUGAGAUGCACUCGCGCGGUGGUCGUCGCUUUGUGACGAGCGAUGUGGUCGCUACCGACCGCUUUCCAGGUGUGGCGCCGGAACAAAAGAAAGAGUGUAACUUUACCAUGGGACUGAAAAGGGAUGACCCCCGCGUGGUUCCGAGUACGCGCGGUCGCAACCUGCAGGUCACCUAUGAGAUUUCGGCCGCUGCGGAAGU